GCCGGGCCGGAGGGCAGUGAGCGCCGCUCGAAAAUGCACUCGGAUGCCGCCGCUGUCAAUUUUCAACUGAACUCUCACCUAUCAACACUGGCAAAUAUUCAUAAGAUUUACCACACCCUCAAUAAGCUGAAUCUGACAGAGGACGUUGGUCAAGACGAUCACCAGACAGGAGAGAGACUUUCAAAGAUACGAAGAAUAGGAAGUCUUCGGUCUUGCAGUUCAUCAGACUGCUUUAGUAAAGUGAUGCCUCCAAGGAAAAAGAGGAGACCUGCAGCAGGAGAUGAYUUAUCUGCUAAGAAAAGUAGACAUGAUGGUAUGUAUAGAAAAUAUGAUUCGACUAGAAUAAAAGCAGAGGAAGAAGUCUUUUCAAGUAAGAGAUGCUUAGAAUGGUUCUAUGAAUACGCAGGCACUGAUGACGUUGUAGGGCCRGAAGGUAUGGAGAAAUUCUGUGAAGACAUUGGAGUUGAGCCAGAAAAUGUAGUUAUGCUUGUAUUAGCGUGGAAGCUGGAUGCACAAAACAUGGGUUACUUUACAUUACAGGAAUGGUUGAAAGGAAUGACAUCACUACAAUGUGAUACCACAGAAAAACUGAGAAAUUCUUUGGAUUACUUGAGAUCUUUAUUAAAUGAGCCUACCAAUUUUAAACUUAUUUAUAGAUACGCAUUUGACUUUGCACGGGAAAAGGACCAGCGCAGCCUAGAUAUCAAUACUGCCAAAUGUAUGCUGGGGCUUCUUUUAGGAAAAACAUGGUCUCUUUUUCCAGUAUUUCACCAGUUUCUAGAGCAAUCAAAAUACAAAGUUAUCAAUAAGGACCAAUGGUGUAACGUGCUUGAAUUCAGCAGAACAAUUAACCUUGACCUCAGUAAUUAUGAUGAAGAUGGAGCCUUUAUUUGCUCUCUCUCCAGGGCCUGUGUUGUUGGAUGAGUUUGUGGAAUGGUAUAAAGGAAAACAGAUGACAUAGGAGUUGAACUAUGCACAGCCACUCAAGAGUCACUGUUACCACAGUUAUGUCAACCAUUAGCCAUAAACUGCUGUUYGUAUGAAAGUGCAUGCUGCUUCUCUUGCACUGCAUCCCUCUUGCAGGGAACUUUUGGUGUUUGCUAUUUAACAAGCCAGCUCUGCUUGCUGUGUAGCAUUGUUCUCUUUGAAGGCUGCUUUGCAUUCUGUAYUUACACUACAAAAUAGUGAACUUGCCAGCGUCUUCACUGUGAUUAUGUGUAUAUUGCUGUCUAAAUUUUGUAUAUGUGUAUAAAAAAAAGCUUCACCUAGGGAUUAUUUCUGCAGAAAUGUAUUGUAAAAAUAAUUUUGUGGCAUAUUUCUAAUCACUUACAUGUUCGUUGAAACCUUAGUUAUUUUUUAUUUUGGUCUCAAAUGUAGCAUUUCUGAAAACGAGAUGGACAGAUUGCUUGGACAGAGUUUCCAUGAAGAACUAUUGUCAGUUUUAAUGUUACUGUUUGAGAUGCCAAUUUCUGGAGUGACAAGAAAUGCUGUGACUUUGUUUAGGGGAAUUCACCAAACAUGACCUUUUGCUUAACAGGAAUGAAACAUCAGUGUCUUAAAAGGAAAAAAAWAUAUAUAUUAUAUAUAUACACACGUGCAUAUAUAUAUAUAAAAACACUGUAAUAGUUAUACAUGCCACAGAUGAUUUCUAUUUGAAGAAGAAAGUACUGACUU